UGAGGUGGAUGAGACUGGCCUCUGAGUUUAGGAUAGACUGGAGUGGGGAUAGCGUUCGUUUGGGUAGGCCAGUGAGGAGGGAAUUGCAAUACCUGCAAGAUCUAGAUAGCAGUUGAUUGUAUACAUCUGUGGUCAUGGAGCUGAUUGGAACAUCUGAAUCACAUGAUAUGGAGGGGAUUGGAACACCUGAAUCACAUGAUAUGGAGGGGAUUGGAACACCUGAAUUACAUGAUAUGGAGGGGAUUGGAACACCUGAAUCACAUGAUAUGGAGGGGAUUGGAACACCUGAAUCACAUGAUUGGGAGGGGAUUGGAACACCUGAAUCACAUGAUAUGGAGGGGAUUGGAGCACCUGAAUCACAUGAUUGGGAGGGGAUUGGAACACCUGAAUCACAUGAUUUGGAGGGGAUUGGAACACCUGAAUCACAUGAUAUGAAGGGGAUUUGAACACCUGAAUCACAUGAUAUGGAAGGGAUUGGAACACCUGAAUCACAUGAUAUGGAGGGGAUUGGAACACCUGAAUUACAUGAUUUGGAGGGCA